AAGUGAAAGUGAAACUUCAGCGCUGUUUAGACCUUCGGUGUUUCUCUCUAUCAAUGUUCAUGCAAAGAAAUGGCUGAAGCCAGUAUUUCAUGGGCUCAGGAUCAGUUUUCUUGUCCAAUCUGUCUGGAUCUACUGAAGAAUCCAGUGACCAUUCCCUGUGGACACAGUUUCUGUAUGGACUGUAUUACAGACUGCUGGGAUCAGGAUGAUCAGAAGCGAAUCUACAGCUGCCCUCAGUGCAGACAAACCUUCACACCAAGACCUGUUUUAGGUAAGAAUGUGGUGAUUGCUGAAAUGGUGGAGAAACUGAAGAAGACAAAACUUCAAUCUGCUCCUGACUCUGCUCAUUGUUACGCUGGACCUGGAGAUGUGGAGUGUGACAUCUGUACUGAGAGAAAACUAAAAGCAGUCAAGUCCUGUCUAGUGUGUCUGAACUCUUACUGUCAAAAUCACCUCAACCAGCAUGAGAAUUUCUUUAAAGGUAAAAACCACAAAGUGAUCGAUGUCACUGAACGACUACAAGAAAUGAUCUGCAAAAAACACAACAAACAACUAGAAAUCUACUGCCGUACUGACCAACAAUGCAUUUGUUAUCUCUGUACGAUGGAUGUUCACAAAAAUCACGACACUGUGACAGCUGUUGCAGAGAGGACAGAGAAACAGACACUUUUGGGAGAAACACAAAGAAAUUUAAAGCAGGGAAUUCAGGAGAGAGAGAAGAAGCUUCAGGAGCUGAGACAGACUGUGGACUCUCAUAAGCGCUCUGCACAGACAGCAGUGGAGGACACUGAGAGGAUCUUUACUGAACUGAUCCGAUCCAUUGAGAGAAGACGAUCUGAGGUGACACAACUGAUCAGAGAUCAGGAAAAGACUGCAGUGAGUCGAGCUGAAGGAGUCAUGAAGCGUCUGGAGGAGGAGAUUGAUGAUCUGAAGAGGAGAGACGCUGAACUGGAGCAGUUUUUACAAACAGACGAUGACAUUCAUUUCCUGCAGAGUUUCAAGUCUUUCUCUGUGACUUCUGGAUCUUCAGAUGUUUCCAGCAUUACUCUCAGUUCUCUUCUUACUUUUGAUGAUUUGGGAAAAUCUGUUUCUAAACUCAGAGAUAAACUGGAGGAUUUGUGUAAAGAUGAGAUUAAACGUAUAUCUGACAGAGUAAAAUCCACUGAAAUUAUUUACAACGAACCCAGAACUAGAGAGGAUUUCCUACAAUAUUCAAUUCUGCUGUCUCUGGAUCCAAACACAGUGAAUAAAAAUCUCCAGCUGUCUGAGAAUAACACUGUGGCUACUCGCACUAAAACAGUCCAGCAGUAUCCUGAUCAUCCAGACAGAUUUGAUAAGCAGCAUCAGGUGUUGUGUAGAGAGAGUUUGUGUGGACGCUGUUACUGGGAGGUUGAGUGGAGUGGUGAUAUGUUUAUAUCAGUGUCAUAUAAGAGCAUCAGCAGGAAGGGAUCGGGUGUUCAGUGUAGGUUUGGAUAUAAUGAUCAGUCCUGGAGAUUGUUCUGCAGUGACUCCAGCUGCUACUUCAUUCACAAUAACAAACACACUGAACUCCCUGUAGUGUUGAGCUCCUGUAGAAUAGGAGUGUAUGUGGAUCACAGUACAGGAUCUCUGUCCUUCUACAACAUCUCUGAUACAAUGAACCUCAUACACAGUGUCCAGACCACAUUCACUAAACCACUUUAUCCUGGGUUUUUGAUCGAUACAAACUCAAAAAUUAAACUCUGCAAUCUGACAAGAUAAGACACAGAGAUUUUACAGAUAAGAGUGUUUUUCUUUGACCUACAUGAUUAUUGAGUAACAGUUAGAUGUUAAGAGUCUCUUUUUGUCUUAUAAACACUUGAACACAACUCUUAUCAAUACAUGCCAUUUAUUACACUCUUGCUGGGUUGCUGGAUCAGAUAUGGACAUUUUUUGGAUGAAUCUAACCAAUGGUUGAGUAUCUCAAUUUAUAACUCAACUAUUGCUUAAUAACCCAGUAUUUUUUAGAUUGAUCUAAUGAUAGUUUUGAGAGUGGACGAACAGUAAAUGUGAAACAGUUAAAAUUAACAAAGUGUAUUUUUAUGUCAGAUGAAGCAACAGUUUGUGUUUGUUCUGAUUUUAUUUUUCUGAUUACUCUUAUGGAUAUUUUAAGCAUGUAUUUUAUUCUGAUUCACUUCUUCAUUUUUGUUAGAGGUUCUUUAUUUUUCAGCUUUUUAACAGAAUAUCUGCCACUAAAACACAUAGCAUGUCUAUAAAUAGCUGUCUCAGAGUGCUUCAAUGUAAAUGGCUCUUGUGCGUAUUUAUUACACCUGUACAACUAAAUAAAUAUAACAAUAAUAUACCGGAUAUAUGCAUAAAGGGACUCUAAUACAUUGCAUGUGGGAAAAGAAAAAAUCUUCUGGGAGGAGGUAAAACAUUUAAUUGAUCAUUUCUACACAGAUGGUAUUGGACCCAAAACUGUUUUUGUUAGCGUUAUACCCAGACAAACAUAAUUAUAGCAAAACUGAAUGUACUUUCAUAAAUAUAAGUUUGUUGUCUGCAAAGAAAUGUAUAGCUUUGUCUUGGAAGAAUGUGAGUAGACCCAGCGCCAUCCAGUGGUUGAAACAGAUGAUGUCUAACCUCCCCUUAGAGAGAAUAAAAUACAUUUGGAAAUCACUUAUUUGAUAGGAUUUGGGGGCCCUUCAUUGAUUUUGUCAAGGACUUGGAUUUGACAGAUGACUCUUUGGACUUUUGAGACAGGGUGACCUAUAGUUCCACAAUCUAAAGUUUAAGUUGAAUGUUUUUUUUCUUUUAAUAAAAAUGGAAGAAGGCAUAAGUUAUACUAUGUUUUUCAUUUUUAUGCUUAAGAACGUGUGGGGAAGAUAGAAGCGUUGUUCACUGUGUUAGUUCUGUACUGUUUAAUUAUUGCCUUUUAAUGGGUUUUAAUGCAUGUAAUGCAAUCACUUUGUGCAAAAUGACAAAUUGUAUCGACAUGAAUGUGAUUGUAUAUAAAAGAAGAAAAUCUUAAUAAAAAUAUUU